GCCUUAAUUGUUUGCUUUAUAGCCCAGGAUGAAGUCAGUCCAGUUUUGCUUCCUUUUCUGCUGCUGGAGAGCAAUCUGCUCCAAGAGCUGUGAGCUGACCAACAUCACCAUCACAGUGGAAAAGGAGGAAUGUCGCUUCUGCAUAAGCAUCAAUACCACAUGGUGUGCUGGCUACUGCUACACCCGGGAUCUAGUGUACAAGGACCCAGCCAGGCCUAACAUCCAGAAAACAUGUACCUUCAAAGAGCUGGUGUAUGAGACCGUGAAGUUGCCUGGCUGUGCUCACCAGGCAGAUUCCCUAUAUACCUAUCCAGUAGCCACUGAAUGUCACUGUGGCAGGUGUGACAGUGACAGCACUGACUGCACCGUGAGAGGCUUGGGGCCCAGCUACUGCUCCUUCAGUGAAAUGAAAGAAUAAAGAGCAAUGGACAUUUCAGGUGACCUACCCUUGUCCUGAAGGACCAAGAUAUCCAAGAAGUUUAUGUGUAUAUAUGUGCCCAGGCUGCUAACCACUGGGGCCCAGAGAUCAUUAGACCGCCGAUCCCUGCUCUCUGGGCGGAGAAGGAGCUCCAGCAAUUAAGAAUGCUGGGGCCAGGAUCCUAUCACCUCUCAACACUCCACCCUGUAUACCUAGGUCUGGAUUCCAUAAAUUUUAAUCAGUCUU